AUGGCAAUGUCGACGAUGUGGAUCAGAAACAACAUGAUCUUCUCCAGCAACCAAAGCGAUAGGCAAUUAACGGAAGCUGAAUUGAAAGUUAAACGAUCGCUGCAGAAGCUUUCCAUUCCGGACUGGUAUUUGAACAAGCGUUCGAAUCCACCGAAAAUACUCAGCAACAUCGUUCCAGUGGAGUUUCGUCAAUCGUCCUGGAAGAAACUCGGAUCCAGGGAUUCCACGAUCAAUUCGACGUCCACCAAUCUAUCAGAUUCAUUUUCGUGGACAGAGGGGUGCAAGAACAUCGAACCUCCGAACAAGCCUGAAAUGAACACGCCCCCGCGACAACAAAAGUCCCCGGAAGCGAAACACCGGAAAUCACCGACGUCCAAGUCCCCGACCGCCAGAAAAGAGCAACAGUCUUUCGGCACGACGAUCCCGGAAGUGAGGCUACUGUCGAACAGCAAAACGUUCCCGAAAAUGUCGCCAUCGCGAAAACUAGAAAAUAUAAACAUCGUUUUACAUCCUGGACCACCAAUUAACAUUUCCAGCCACUUGGAAAAGGCAAAGGGCACCGAGAAGCCCAGAUUCCGCGGCUCCGCGUCAAAGAAACAACCAACGGACGUCGCGAGCAAGAACAGCAACAACGAUUGUUCGUUCAGGAACAGCGACUCGACAAAAAGGGACGAAACGUCGCGAAAGUCGCCGACGAACGAAUCCAAGAACAGUCCUCGAUCGUCGAAAAUCGCGGACGAGGAUUUGAUAACACCGAAACCGAGAGCGUGUUUCAGAACGCGAGCCACCUCCACUCCCAGAUUCACUCCGGCGAAUCUCUUCUCGUCGACCAUCAUCGAGGAGAGUCCCAGAGAGAAGAAAUCUCCGUCGCGCAGUAUCCUAGAGAAGUCCUCGAUCUUCGAAAGUAAUUCGUCGCCCUCCAAGGCCAAGAAGCGAUUGGAGAAUGCUCGAAGACCGAAGAAGCUGUCCGAAAGUUUGCUCCAGAAGACCUCGAUGUUCGAGGACCUCUCGAGAACGGGACUGUCCAGCGACCUGGAGAUGUCGAGGUUCGGUGGAUCGCACCCGAUUUUUGAGAAGAACGUUAGUUCGAUUGGUUCGAUCCGCUCCGAGAAUAACGGCCCGGCUCUGUUGACUACGAGGUCCUCGAUGGUCCGCGAGCUGGUGAAGAAACUGGAAACGGCUCGUACUCCGGAGAAGACGCCGGUACCGACCUGGAAGGGCAGACGUUCACUUCCGGAGAAGAUGCCCGAUCGCUUCAAGACGCCGGUUCCCGCGCUGAGGAGGACCAGCCUCGGCGGCAGGACCGCGAACUCGGACUUGGAGUCGCCAUUUUCCAAGUUCCUGGUCUCGAAGCGGAAGUCCGUAGACUUGGAGAAAGUGGUGAAGAACAAGCUGGCCGAGGAACAUCCUCGAGACAAGAGCGACGUACGUAGGAUCAUCGAGAUACUGAUGGAGAAGCUGUCGAAACCGUCCGCGCCGUUGCAUUGCGAGGACGCGGAACGGAACCACAACUUCGUGAGGAAGGUGGUGAACGCGCUGGAGAAAGGGGAUCCGUCCAUUCUCGAGGAGAUGACGAUGGGCGAGAGGAGCCGCGAGGACAGCGGAAGUUGCAGCGAAUCGGUCUCGUUGAAGGACACGGACAGCAGCAGCGACUACGACCUCAGGUCGUCGAGCUUUAGAAGCGACAAGACCUUCAACCACGAGUUCAGGACGUCCAGGAAGUUUUCGGAAGCCGAAGAGAUACCGCUCGAGGAGGAGUCCGUGUAUUGGAUACCGGUGACUAGGUGCAAACUACCACGGACCAGCUCGCUGUUGAGCCUGACGUCCAGGUUGUCCUCCAACGGAUACUCGCCUUGCAUCAGCCCUAUAAAAAGCGACAGCGAAUCAGGAUCGCUUCCAUGGUGUUCAACAUUUAAAAGGGCAAACGCUCUGUCCAGAAAGCUGUUCAAGAUCGACGAGACCGUGGUGAUCGACUCGGGAUACUCCGACAGGUCCGACCAGUCACCGGUUCGAUGCUCCACGGCGGACAGCACUUGGUCCGAGUGCACGCAGAUCGAUUCCAGCACGGAGAUCGAAUCCAUUCGAUCGAAGAAAUCUUUCAGACGCAGAUCCAUUCUUGACAACACGUACCGUGUUCGCUGUUAAGUAAGUUGUGUAUCUCUAUCGUGGUCUAAGAUGAUUCAAGAUCUACAACAUUGUAAUCCAUUGUUAGUAAUAGCUAGGACACGAACGUUCGGAAUUGAGAGCUCUAGUACCGCGUGUAGCAUAAUUUUUUAGAUGUUUAUUCUAAUCACGAGUUGCGGAAUGAUACGUUUGGUUAAUCUAGAAAAUACUGAUUACCGUGGCGAGCACCAUUCAAUUCUAUUUUGUUACCUACCAUUA